CCCCAACAUGUGUGUGUGUGGAUGUGUGCAUGGGCCCGAGCGUAUAAAUAGCCGAGUGACCCGCAGGAUUCGCUUUUUCGCUCGGAUGCCACCAACGCAGCAGCAGGCAGGCGAGCGCGCUCCGGCCCGAUAGAAAACCUUUUAUUUUGCUCAGCCAACAAGCUCCUUUGUUGCCAUAUGGCCAUGCCACCACAGCGGUGCUAAGGGAGCGACACCAGCAAAAAUGGAAACCGCCACGGGCUAUCAGGAUAUUAGUGCCCUGGAAAAAUCGGUGGCCAAUGCUGGUUCCCAGCUGUACACGAUGGCCCACAAGCUACACGCGGUGGAGCGCAGCCUGGAGCAGACCACAAUGGAGCAGAUGGACGAGAUGGAGGUGAUGGAGCUGCUCGAGUCAAUGACCGAGGUGAAGAACGAGUACCAAAAUCUGCGCAAGGACAUCCAGGAGGUGCAGCAGCUGCAGCGUGACGUCAGCACCUCGAUACGCUUUCAAAUGCGCAGCAUGCAGCAGACAUUCCAAAUGCUUAAGAAGCGGAUUGCCACCUCCCAGGAGCACAAGCAAAAGAAACAUCGCCAGCAGCCGCGCACCAACACUAACACCACAACCACCGAACUUCCCGCCAUCGUAACUGUCAAUGAACACUAGGCGGGGCGAGGCGGGGGCCCAGCGUUGGGAUUUGGAUUAGGCUUGGGCUUGGGCUUGUGCUUGUGCUUGGGGGGGUGCUUGUGGUCUGGGCAAUUUAUGAAUAAUCCAUGACUUUUAUUGAUUGGCCAGCUGCUAGUUAGCUAACCCCAAACAAAGCCAAUGCUGAAAGAAAUGUGUCAAAUCUGGUGGAUAGAGAGAGAAGGAGAGAGAGGGAGAGAGAGAGUGGAACACCAGCCGCAAUCAAAAGCAAUCAACUGGCUAAUGGGCACUGGAUGCAAUAUUGAUAUCAGAAGUAACAAAUACGAAGCAUUUAGACUCGAAACAGAAGCAGAUCCUCUACUUUAUAUAUUGUAAACACACACACACACAGCAGCACACAGAACGUGUAUCCUGUAUCCUAUAUCCCCCCUCCUGUGAGGACCUAAUGUAAGCGCAAGAAGCACUACUUUAUGAUGCAAGGAAAACCAAAUGUCUGAUACCAUUUGAAUGGGAAUGCACUUUUUCAAAAUUUGCCUUAACAUAAUCGUAUUGUAUUGUACUAAUUUUUGAUACGACACGUUUUAAAGUACAUACGUAUAAAACGUACAUAUGUAAUGAUGUACAUAGAUACAUACAUAUGUAUACAUUAAUUAGUCUUAGACGUAUCAUUAUCUUUUAUAUUUUAAUGAUACACAAUUGCAACCUAUUUUUGGCUAGUUUGUUCGUUUUUGGAAUAUUUGUUAAUAGAUUGUAUAAGCCAGAAUUUAGAAAAAUUAAAAUUUAGAAUUAGGAUUUAGCUUAACUCCAUGGCGAGGGCUCUUUUUUUAAAUUCUAAACCAGCCAAUUCUAAACGCCCACCCCAUCGAUGGUGACUUAUUUAACUAUGCGUUUUGAAAAUAUGAAGAUA